CACAGGCUGACCUCCAAAUUCUUCAUGGGUAUAUAAAAUCUCUAAAACUGAAGCCAUUAUUUCAUCAAUUUCAAGGUAUAUUAGUAUAACCAAUCUUAGAAUCGCUGAUUGAUGAGCCAACCGCAAAGUUUCUCCGAUGCUUAAAAUAUAAAUAAAUGCACUGCUGGAGAAAAGGUGUGAGAAUUCGGCCAACUCGGCUACGAUUUCUUCAUACUUAUCCAAGGAAAAGUCUGAGUCAAGGUUCCUGCACAAGAAAUUGACCCUAAAGAUGUUGAAGAAGGUGAUGAUUUAAUAAAACUAGAAGAAUUUGGAAAAACAGUAUAUAAAUAAACUCAUCAAUGUGAGUGAACUUUCCCCUGGAGCUUCCUUUGGAGAGUUAGCACUCAUAAAUUCCAAGCCGAGGGCUGCCACAAUUGAAUGUAUGGACUCCCCCACUGAGUUGAUGACUCUUAACAAAGAAGAUUAUAAUAAUAUCCUUGGAGCUAAGCAAAAAGCAGAAUUUAAGCAAAAUCUUGCCAUCCUCAGGCAGUUUUCAUUGUUCAAAGUGUUCACUGAUAGGAAACUUGAAAAGGUGUGGCAGUAUUGUGAACCCAAGGAAUAUGUCAAAAACAUGGUGGUAUACUCCUCUGGAGAUAAAGUCGAAGGCUUUUACCUCCUGAUUGAAGGAACCUUCCAAGAAUUUACACAGAGCAAGUGGAUAAUUUACCUCAAGGGUAAAUACAACCAGAAAGUGUCGAUAAUUUCAAAUUUGGAGGAGAAUCAGAUUGUUGGCUUUGAUGAGGUCACAUUACAAAAACCAACAAGGAUAAAUUCGAUGAAAUGAAGUAGCCUAUCUGCUAAAGCAAUAUUUGUCUCUUCAAUUGUGUUUGGCAGUUGCUACAGUAAAUAAGAAGAGUAUAAUCCAGACCAGGAAUCAGUUAAGACAAAGCUACACUAAUGGAAUUCCCAAGAGACUCCGAGGAAGGAUUGAUCUUCUUUCUAGUGAGGAGAUUCUGAUGACUGCUAAGAAGCAUCUCCUGCAGAAGAAACUAUAUCUCCAAAAAUCCAGAGUGAAGAACUACAGCACUAAUUUGUUGAAAAUUCAAGAUAAAGAUACUGAAGCGAGGAAGGCUAAAAUAUAUAAGACUUUGGACAAAUAGUAUCCUUAGUAAACCUCUUGCCUUUGGAGACCUAGGCAAGCCUAAGAUGAGUUUGGAGAAAAGAAAGAAGAUAAUUAAAUAAAAAUACCAUGAAGAGGCUCACGAAGUCAACAUCUAUGAAUCAAGGGCUUUGAACUCAGAAUCAAGUCAUUCUGAAUCAAACUAAAGUUAAGACUUCAGACAUUAAACAACAAGAGAAAAGUGUUUUAUGCUCUCAGAGAAACUCUUCUCAAAUAAUUGAUAGAAAGAAAAGCAAUAAUUUGAUAAAUGAAAAUAAGAAUAAGAUCACAAAAAGACAGGCUUCAGCUAGACCAAGAAGAGAAUAUAGGAAGAAACUUCAGAGAAACAAGACUAAUGCCUCAAAGCUAAAAUUAAGACCAAGAAGCAGUAUUGUGUCUACUAGUACAACGAAUAACUGGGAACCUCCUUCUCCUAUCUUCAUAACCUCAUUGGUUCCUGUAAAGCAGAAUUGAAUACCUCAGUUUUCUAAAUAUGUAACAGUGAGUUCUGUUUCUUCUCCGAAAAAAUUUUCGAGUUCUAAAACUCCAGGAGGGGGAACCACAAUUGCUUCUAAAGGAGACAUUGAUGUGAUAGACGCUUUCCAUUGACUACCUUUUGGGAGCACAAGCAUAUUAGAACGUUCUAAAAUUUAAGCGAAAACAUUCAAAUUUCUCACU